GACUAUUUACACAUACCUUCCGAGACAUCAAACGAACAUGUUGAUCAAGGUUGUUCUUUUGUUGUUGUGUGGAAUAUCAUCGUUACAUGGAGGAGUGUGGGAUGGUGAUAGUAUACCGCCAGAAGGCAUUAGGCAGAUGUGUGCAAGUAAUAUCACUAAAAAAACAAGUGUGGCCUGUGACUAUUCUUCUCGUGAAAUUGAUUGGCAGUCCACUGCCAUACAAGACGGAGAAUGUAAAUUGAACGUGGAAAAGAAUUCACUUCAGUAUUUCAAACGGACUUUCAAUCACCGCCAUUUUGACUUCGCCAAGUUGCUCCUCAAGUUUAAGAAAGGAGGGAAGCCAGUGUCGGUAUCCUGCACACACUGUGUGAUAGAACCCUUGACAUGGGUCUGGACUCACAAGGCGCAGAAAAGUGCCUACAAAGCCCUGUAUUGGCCACGUGAUUAUUCGAUUUUAUCUCUAGGAAUGCUGGAAAGAAAACUAUAUGGACCAUAUUGUGUGUUUAUCAACAUGAAAGGAAACUGCUCAUCUCUGGUCAUCGGUGAAAUGAAUACAACACUGACGAUAGUUCGUGCACUUUCUAAAUUGAUACCGCGCAAAAUGAAAAGGAACGAGUUUGAGGUAGAAAAGGUGCCAGACACGAACAUGUGGUGCUAUACCAAGAUGAUUAACAUGACAGAUACAAUGAAACUAUUGUGUCGGUACAUGAUUUGCCAACAAGACACUGUGGGGUAUUCCUGUUGCAAACACGACACAAGGAAAAAUACUGUUUAUUGUGACGGCCAGCCAUUCCGGUAUAGUAAGGUGUGGUGGGAAAUUCCCUACAUAAUUGGCAGUAUUUUGUUUUUAUUUUGUCCUCUCUUGUUCAUUGCCGGCUCGGAAAUUCUAUAUAGGAUAUUAAGGGACCCAAAAUCCCUGAGUCAUAAACCAAAUGGGCAAGAGGAAUGUGAAUGGAUCGCCCAUAAUCAUGUGUGCUUCAGCUCGGUACUGUUCUCUCCGUUACGUGGUUACGUCGUAAGACACCCGGUAGCAGUGUCGAGAACAGUUAGGAUUUUUAUAUCGUUCUCUACGGUGUUUGUAACCGCCAUUUACCUCAUUGUAGUAAGAAGGGAUUAUUCUCUACGUUUGUUCCUGAAAGAUCUAACGAAGAACCACGUGCCAACUGACGUAGGGUCUAUGCUCUCUGGUUUCGAAUUAAGUCGGCAAAACUUUUUAACAAUAUUCGGCGGUCCAUACAUCGCAUUUGCGAUAUUUAUUUUCCUGUUCGCGGCGCUGUUAUCCGUUCCAAAAAGCUUACCUAUUUUAUUGGAAUCAGGAUUACCUGAUCCGUCUCCGGGACAGCUAUCCCCUCUACGGGUAGAUAUGGCCAAUAAAGCUAAAUUAGGGGCGACAGAGUCACUGCACGUGAGCAUCGGUUACAUCAAGAUAUACAAAACUUUGGUGGCCCAAAUGGUUAUGUUAUUGAAUCCAGAAUUCUGGAGAUUCGUUCUGAAAUGCCAGACUGGGAGAUGGGUGAAACUUCGGGAUUAUUUGUCCCUGUGUAACAUUAGUAUUCUUAAUCCGGUUUACCUAAUUACAUUGCCGUUAUUCGCAUCUUUAUGUGUGUUCGAAUGGUUUCUCUGUCUAGUGUAUUACGGAUUUCCGAUUGUCUUUUUGAAUGUCAUAACAUACAGAGCAUACUGCUUGCAAAUACGCCAAUACUUUCGUGGGCGGAUAUCAAAAUGUUUUACUGUUUGUUUUAUUGCCAUUGUUCUAUUUUACUGUUCCUAUAUUUUACAUAUACUCUUUGUACAUAGUUUGGUAUUUCUUGCUCGCGGUGCCAUUUUUACCUACACGGGAUUCAUUGCUUACCCAGAACACUACCGGAACUAUCUCAUAUGUUACCUCAGUGUCGCCAUCUACGUCGUGGAGUCCGUUCGCUCCAUGAGAUUUACGUACGACGAACUGUUUGACAAGACCAAACUGGUGUGUGACAUCAUGAUGGACGAUGAGGCAUUCGAGGGCCCCAGCAUUACCAAGAAGGUCGAUUCAACAGUCUUUAUUCCACAGCGCUUGUUCAAUUUUGUGAUCAGCCAUCACAAGCCAUUGAGAAUUGAAACAUUUCUGAUACUUUACAAACUGCUACUUACAAUAAUGAUCAUCUACAUUUCUGUUCUUUUGCUCCUUAUUUUUGAUACAUUUGACAACAUGACCCUGUUGACAGAAAUCGGCACCACGGUCGUCAUCUGUGUGGCGCCGAAGGCUUUACGGAAUAUGUUUAAGUCUUCUGGGUACUGGAACGAGGUUAAGGAGCGGAAAACCAUCAAACUAUGGGUGAAAGACUACCUGGCAGAUUCUACAUCCCAUCAUGGCAAGGACAAAUCAGUAUCCAUUUAUGUUUUGUGAAGUUACACCGGUUUGUUAUCUACAGUUAACUCGUAUAUAAGAUCAAGUGUAAAAUACUGAAUGGAAUCUAACGGACUUGCUAUACUUACUUAUUAUAAAAUUAGCUACUGAACUGUAACAUACGUUUGUUGUGGCAUAAUUUUUAAUAGUUGAAAUACCGUGGCAUACCGAAAUGCAAAGGCGCUAUCGAAAUGAAGUAAUGUACGUACUGUAGCUCGGCUACACAUAACAUACUCUGACUAUAAAAUGCUUAUUGUACUAAGUCAUAAUUAUCUGAACUAGAACGCAUUAUGUGUGUGAUGUGGUUCAUAUUGAACUUUAACAUAUUUUUCUGAACUGUGAAAUAAUUGUUUAAUUUUGACAUGCGUAUUGUGAGGUUCACAUAUUCAAAGCACGAAACACUUAUUACGCGAUGACUUACACUUUGAACUUUAGUGUAAAUAUUAAAAAACGAACAAAGCCUUCAAAGCGUCUUUACAAUUAUCUAUUUCGACAGAGACUGAAAUCAGGCAUAAACAAAGUAAUAAAAACAUACAGACAUUCGGCGUUCAUGUCAAUCUUCAGAUAAAAAAUAUUUACUUAUUGAUUGGUUGAUUGGUAAAUUUGGGAUGUUUGCCUGCGUUACUGUGUUAUUGUCUCUCAAAUACAAAGUGUAUAGUCUAUAAGAGUAGCCUCCCUUAUUUGAGAAUACAAACGUUCCUAUCACGCGAUCUGAAUUAGACUUUCCUUUUAUUACGUCUCAUUACGACUAUAUUCAAUGACAUAAGAUUUUAUUCUUAGUUGAUAUAAAGAUAA